AUGCAGCUUCGUCUCGACAACUGUGCAUCACAACAAGAUAUGGACGAGGACGCGGGAUGUGAAAAGGCCAUUUGCGUCGUGGAGCACAAGGAAUUCGAAGGGGGGAAGGACUCAUACCUGCUGAAGGAGGAUCGACUGCGACGGCUGUUGCUGCAGGCUGACUGCAGAGACAAACCGGUGGCAGUGUUGUCCAUAGCCGGGGGGGCGAGGAGGGGGAAGUCCUUCCUCUUGAGUCUCUUCCUGAGAUACCUCAGGGCUCAAGGGUCUGAAGAUUGGCUAGACGAUGAAGACAUUCCGGUCACGGGGUUCGCAUGGAAAAUGAGUGCCAAGAGGGUAACGACGGGGAUUCAUAUCUGGGAUGACAUUUUUACAUUGAGGCUCCCCAAUGGGCAAGAGGCAUGCGUCCUCCUGAUGGACACGGAAGGGACCUUCGACUGCGAGGAGUCCCUCGCCCACAGCGUCACAGUCUUCGCCCUCAGCACCUUGCUCAGCUCCCUCCAGAUCUACAACCUCAAGGAUAACAUCAACAUGGACGACCUUCAUCACCUCCAGGUAGUUCUGAGCACCUGUGAGAUCAUAGGAUUUCUCAAUCCUCAGGACACGAGGAAUAAAUUCUUCACUGGGUACGGCCGACUAUGCCUCGAGGCAAGCGACGACAAACCCUUCCAGAACUUCCUCUUCCUCGUGAGGGAUUGGAGGAACCAUCACGAGUUUCCCUAUGGGAGCGUGGGAGGGCAGGCGUUCCUAAAGGAAAAACUCCAAACUUCCGGGAGACAGCGAGAGGAAGUUAAGAAAGUUAAGGAAGGCAUCAAAGAGUGUUUCGAGAAACUCAAUGGCUUUUUGAUGCCUUAUCCCGGGGAGAAAGUGGCUGGCGAUCUUCAUUUUAGCGGGUCCCUUUCGGAUAUACAAUUGGACUUCAAAUAUCAGCUCCGGUUUUUGGUGCCAAAGCUGCUCUCCCCAGAGAAUUUGGUCCUCAAGACGAUAGCCGGCAGGCCCAUCACAUGCAAGCAAAUCUUCGAAUACUUCAAAUGUUACAUCGGAGUUUUCAACAACCGAGCAGAGAUCCUCAAGCCCAAGAACAUCUUCGAGGCCACUGCCGAGGUCCAGCAUCGGAACUCCCUGGAUGAAGCAGUCGACCACUACGCCCAACACAUGGACCGACUCCUGGUGGAAGUCCCCUUCCUGACCAAAAAGAAACUGAAUGAAGUUCACGCUUCACUCCGAAUGGAGGCGAUCGGCAGAUUCGCCAGUUCCAAAAAGAUGGGUGACAAAGAACUAUCGGGAAAAUACGAGUUGCUUUUGGAUAAGGACAUCCACAGGCUUCACAAGAAUUAUGAGAUGAAGCGAAACGCGAGGGAAGAGCGAACCAAGACGGAACUGAUGGAUGCGGCGACCAGCGCUCUCAGGGAGUACAUAGAGGAAAUGGCCGAUGUCAUGCUUACAGUCCCUUUACCGACGGCGGAGGAGCUGCGAGUGGAACACGAGGAGAAGAGGUCUUGGGCGAUUCAAAUAUUUCUGGAGCAUCGGGGAAGUGCAGAUGAAGAGCUGUUCAGACGAUACGAGGAAAAACUUAAGAAGGACGUGGAGUCCGAGGCCACCCUCUACUUCAAAGAGCGGCAACGGAAGGAGAGCAUCGCCGACCGGGAGUUGAUCAACAACUUUCAUUCCACCGUCUGGUUCUACAACAACCAGUUGGGCCACUCUCUCACAGCAGCCGCCAUCUCCGAAGAGGAGCUGGAAAGCGAGCACCGGAAGCAUUACAAGGAGGCGAUCGACGGCUUCCUGCGGAGAGCUCAAAACACAAUCUGUCCGUAUCUUCUUGAUGGUCACCUGUACAACUUGAUGCGGCGUUUGGAUGAGCAAUAUAAGAAGUACAUAGAACUGAAAGAAUCGAAAGAAAGACAAGCAGAAACGGAACUUAUGAAAGCCAAAGAGAAGGCUAUGGAAAUAUACAACGAGCAGAUGAGUAAAUUGCUGGUAGAGUUGAUGAGCGAAGAGAAACUAAACGACAUGCAUGCGCACUAUCGUCGAGAGACAAUGGAAUCUUUCGAAGAGACAGGGAAAAAGUACCCGAAGCUUGCGAAGAAACACGCGGACGAAAUGGAAUCGUGCUUGUCAAGCGAACACGAGCGAUAUAAAGCCUUCAGGAACGCCCAAGAGCUCCAAGCUGCAGCUGUCCUGAACGACGCUGUGAAGAAAAGCGUGAUCCACUACGAAGUCGAGAUGACCUGCCUCCGCGACGGCAAGGGCAUUAAUGACGGUGGGAGGCAGGGUGCCACUGACAGUCACAUCCUAACCGAGGAGGAGCUGUUCGAAGGACACGAGAAGUACCGCGAGGAAGCCCUGGGGAUCUUCUGGACGACUGGGGUGCAGUGGCUUCACCUCGCCGAGAAAUACAAGGAGGAGCUGGAAAAGGUUGGGAACUCCAGGCUGAAGAACGAGGCCGUCCUUCCCGACCCUGCCAGCAUUCGCAUGCCCCUCGGGGGUCGUCCGAUGAGCCCUUCACUCGACGAAGGAGUAGAGUCCGAAGAACGAAAAAUGUCAACACGACAGCGUCUUGGACGUGGUGAUGAGUGUAGGGAAUCCUUUGGAUUUUGGUUGGUUGAUGCAGACUGGAAUGGAGCAUUCUUCUACCACAGAUAUGCUGUUAAUGGGAAGGCCUUCUUGAGAAUACAAAAGGAAAGCCCAGGAAGAGAAACUUUGAAGAAGAUAUGGCUGCCUGGGAUGAAUGCGGGGAGAGUGCAUGCCAAUAACCCUGAAACCAUUGGAGCAUCGAAAGACCACACGCGGAAAGAGAUCAGGCGCAUUCAUCCUGGGAGAAAUGUUGGACGGGGUAUGGACAUGGAAGAGGCCCGUGGAAGCCCCAUCUGCGUCGUGGAACACAAUGAACACGAGGGGAGGGGUUCGUACCUGCUGAAGGAGGAUCGACUGCAUCGGCUGUUGAUGCAGGAGCACUGCAAGGACAAGCCGGUCGCAGUGGUGUCCAUCGCCGGGGAGGCAAGGAGGGGAAAGUCCUUCCUAUUGAGUCUCUUCCUAAGAUACCUCAGGGCUCAAGGGUCUGAAGAGUGGCUCGAUGAUGAGAAUAUUGCUAUCGAAGGGUUUGCAUGGAAAAUGAGUUCAAGGAGGGUUACGACAGGGAUCCAUAUCUGGGAUGAAAUUUUCACAUUGAAGCUCCCAAAUGGGGAAGAGCGAGAGGCACGAAAGGAUCCCGGGUUCGGUGGGGUAAUGGAAGCACACCUGACCGGUAAUCAGCAGGAACGGGUUCAAUUCUCGGCCGUCCCCUGGCUUUCUUUCAUCCUCUCCUCCAACCUAUCUUCCCUCCCGGCCAUUCUCAUGACUGAUAUACCUAGGUACAAACUAGCUAGUACAUAUAGAUACUUGAACUCCAUAUUCCAGGCGUGCAUCCUCCUGAUGGAUACGGAAGGGACCUUCGACUGCGAGGAGUCCCUCGCCCACAGCGUCACCGUCUUCGCCCUCAGCACCCUCCUCAGCUCCGUCCACAUAUAUAACCUCAAGGAUAACAUCCACAUGGACGACCUCCUAAACCUCCAGUUUUUCACUGGGUACGGCCGCCUGUGCCUCCAGGAGAGCAACGAUGAACCGUUCCAAAACUUCCUCUUCCUCGUGAGGGACUGGAGGAACUUCGACGAGUUCCCGUAUGGAAGCGAAGGAGGGCAGGCGUUCCUGGACGAGAAACUUCUGACUUCAGAGACACAGCGAGAAGAAGUAAGGAAAGUGAAGGAAGACAUUAAGCACUGCUUCACAAAGCUCAACUGCUUCCUGAUGCCUCAUCCCGGGGAGAAAGUGGCUGGGGAUCCUCGCUUCAGCGGCUCCCUUUCUGAUAUACAGAAAGACUUCAAGGAUCAGCUCCGGCAACUGGUACCACAGUUGCUCUCCCCAGAGAAUCUGGUCCUCAAGACGAUCGCUGGCAAGCCCAUCACGUGCAAGGAACUCUUCGAAUACUUCAGGUGUUACGUGGGAGUUUACAACAACAGAGAGAAAAUCCCCGAGCCCAAGAGCAUCUUCGAGGUAAUCCCAUCAUAUCCCAUCGGAUACCUCUCAAACGCUAGCAUAUCUCUUUCAGAACAGCUCUCUCCGUCCCAGGCCACAGCCGAGAUCCAGAACCGGAACGCCCGUGACGAAGCCGUCGACCAUUAUACCCAAAAGAUGAACCAAAUCCUGGCUGAAACCCCUGUACCGACCCAGAAGAGCCUGGAUGAGGUUCACGCUUCGCUCCAAAAGGAGGCAAUCGACAGGUUCACAAAUUCCAAGAAGAUGGGAGGAAAAGAGCGAUCGGAAAGAUAUGUAUUCCUCUUAGAAAAGAAUCUGCACGAAUUGCACGAGAUCCACAAGAUACAGCGAAACGCCAGGGAAGAACGAACCAGGACGGAACUGAUGGAAGCAGCAAACAAGACCCUCGAGGAGUACAGGGAGGACAUGUCCACCGUCAUGAGGAUCGUCCCUCUAGUUACCGAGGAGACGCUCCGGGGAGAGCACGAGGAGAAGAAGACCCGAGCAAUGCUGAACUUUCGAGGGAAGGAGGAAAUCGCCAAUGAAGAUCUCUUCAAGCAAUACCAGGAGAAACUGGCAAAGGACAUCCACUCCCAGUCCACCCUUCACUUCACCGAGCGGCAAUGGAGGGAGAAAACUGCUGACCAGGAGCUGCUUCACGCCGUCCAAUCCGCCGUCACGGUCUACAGCGCCCAACUCGGCCGCUCGUGCGGAGAAGCGGUCAUCACCGAGGAGAAGCUGGAAAGCGAGCACGGCAAGUACUACAUGGAAGCGAUCGAAGCAUUUUCUCGAGGAACGCAAACCACUCUCUGUCCCUAUCUUCUCGAUGGACACAAGGACAACUUGACGAAGAUGAGCAAGUUGCUGGUAGCUCUGAUGAGCGAAGAGAAACUAAACGGCAUGCAUUCGACUUAUCAUCGACAAGCAAUUGAGUUCUUCGACGAGACAGGCAAGAAGUACCCGUACCUUGUAAAGAAGCACAAGGACGACUUGGAGGCGUUUCUUUCAAAUGAUUCCAUUCCAUUCCAUUCCUCAUUCGAAAAAAAAAAUCCUCUUCCCACCCCCUUUCAACUACAGCGCAUUUCAAGCGAGCACGAGCGAUACAAAGAAUUCAGAAACUCUCAAGAGCUCCAAGCCGAGGCUGCCCUCCACGACGCGGUGGAGAGAAGCGUCACGCACUACGAGCUUAAGAUGUCCUGCCUCUGCGGCGGCAAAGACACCGCCGACGGAGGGAGGCAGGUGAAGAGGCUGGAAGGGAGGCCGGGACCCACCGACAGUCACCUCACAGAGAAGGAACUGCUUGAAGGACACGAGAAGUACCGCAGAGAAGCCCUGAAGAUCUUCUGGGAGAUAGGGGCGCAGUGGCUUCACCUCGCAGAGAUAUACAAGGAGGAGCUGGAGGAGUGCCUGGCGAGGAGGAAAGAUGAGCUCAAGAAGAAAGAGAAAGCGAAUGAAAAAUGUGUGAGGAGAUUGCUGGAGAAAUCCGUGAGAGCAAAGGCCGAGGACUACCUUAGCCCAAGUCGGAUGAAGAAAUUCUAUGGGGAAACCGUUGUGGACGAGAGAGAACUAAAAGAAAACCACGUGGAACACAGAGACGCAGUGGUGCGAUCCUUCUUGGAACGUGGAGACUGGGCCGCCGCUAAGCUCUUGCAGGAAUAUCGAUCCAUCCUCGAAUCUACUCUAAACGACUGGCACCGCUCAUUGGAGACGAAGAUGGCGGAAGAGCGCGCGAAACGACAGCAGGACGCAACAGCCAUCGACAUCCUGGGGACAGCGGGCGCAAUGGCGGUCGCGAGCCUCGGGCCCGCCGGCCCUGUGGCGGCCGGUGCCGUCAUGGGUGCCGCUCGUGGCAUCGCAAAGUGCUAUACAGGGGGAUCGAGGUGGCAGAACAAGGCCGUCCUUCCAGACCCUUCCAGCAUUCGCAUGCCCCUAAGGGGUCAGGAGAAGAGUUCACCCAAAGAAGGAGAAGAUUCCGAAGAACAAGUGUCAGAAUGA